UUGUAUUACUUCAGCUUUCAAAACUACUUUCAGUUCAAUAUUGAUUCGGGUAUACUCAGCAUUCAACAUAUACCUUCAAUUUUUCCAACGAAAGUCAUAAAAUUUCAAAAUAUUGAUGGUUCAAUAAAUUAUCAGAUAUUGAUUCAAACUAUUGCAGCUUUACCUCAAAGAUCAAAUGUCGAAGAUUCGAAUUUUGAGCAGUGCGUAUGGUCGCCUCAUUUUAAUGUAUACUUUAUUUCAUUUGAUUAUUUACAGUGGAUUCUUGAUGACAGAAAAAUAUUUAAUGAUGAGCGAGUAGUGUCGAACACUCUUUAUGUCACGUGGAUUGAAGUAAUGAAAGAGCCUUUGUCGUCAGAUAAUAACGUGCUAACCAGAACUGUUGAAAUAAUUCGGCCUGAGAUAAAUUUACUUGAUAUCAACGAUAUGGUAAAAUUAAUUUUUUCAAUUUUAUAUAUAUACUGUUUGUACGUCGUCGAUUUACCGUUAGCUGAUGAACAAGGGCCAGCAAGUACACAACCAGGAUCAGCUCAUGCUUUGGCAUAUGAGUAUAAUCCCAAGAAAAUUAAUUUGGCUGCAGUUUACACAGGAUUGGUAAUUGGUUAUGUUGCGGUAAAUGGACAAAGGAAUCUUGCUUUGUGGUCCUUAGCAACUGGUAUUUUACAUUUUUACCAUUCACAAUCUAAAAAUAUUGCUAUCGGUACCUGGCUUGAUUUCUCAGUUCGAAACGGACAGAAGAAAGUGGAAGUUUUCAAACUGAAAUAUGCAGUGAAUGCAGUUUUACCUACGAAAUCAGUAGGAAGCAGAGUGCAAUUCGGCUUUAUUAGUUCACUGGUGCUUAAAGCUGAGUUACAGGUUUGUGAGAAAAUAAGAUUACCAGAAACACUGCCCGAUGAAAAUUGGGUUUGGAUGAGUGGCGUUGUUGGAAAAGUUACCAUGAAUGUGAAAAAAUUUAAAGACUACGUAAAAGACCAUUGGGAUGAAUUAGCUGGAAAAGUGAGACAUGUUUGGCUAUCGUAUAGUGUGUCAAACUCCAACUUAUCAUGGAAAUUCGAAUCUUUUGCUUCUCCUAACGAAUUUGUUAGUUUACCUGUUGCUUACGGUUGCUAA